AUGUCCAUCGAUGGUAACCAGCCACCACCAUCAUACGCUGUUAAAGACAACAAAUUUGGGCCACUCGAUACUUCACCACCGUUAGCUUCAAUACCCAUAGUAAUGUUCGACCAUGGGAUUUCUAGCUUGUGUAUUGAAAAUGUACGUAAAGUUAUUGCAGACUUCUUUCAACUUCCUAUUAAAGAGAAAAGAAAAUUCUCCAGAAAACCGGGUUCCUCUGAGGGUUAUGGAACAGAUAUUGUUGUGUCUGAGAACCAAGUUUUGGAUUGGAGUGAUCGCUUUUCGCUUAGAAUCUUUCCUGAAAACCAAAGGAAUCCCAAUCUCUGGCCUCUUAUUCGUGACGCAUUUUUCGCCAAUCUUGGUGACCAGUUGCAGAUAAUGAGCAAUGGGAUCUACAAGAGCCCGAUGCAUAGAGUUGUGACAAACAUGGACAGGGGGAAGAUAUCGAUUGCUAUGUUCAACGAGCCCGAUCCAAGCAAAGAGAUUGGGCCAAUGAAAGCCCUGAUCAAUGAGGACAGACCUAGACUUUACAAGACCUUCAAAAAAGCUUUAAAGCCUAGGGUGAUUGAUCAAUAG